GGCAAAUAAAUUGCUGGAUAUAUGGUUUUUUCUGAACUCGGUAACCCCGUUAUAGGCACGUGGGUACAAAUUGCAAUAAAUAAAAAAACUUUAUUCUUCAAUAAAAUUGGUAAAAAUAAUUUGAAAUAUAAUAGCAAAAGUAAGAAGACGAUAUUUCGACGAAGCUAUGAAGAUGAAUGAAGAUGAGUUUUCCGAAAAAAAAGUCUUAAAAUUUGAACAAGAAAACGGAUUCACCAUAAAGAAAAGAAAAAUUACGGAAGAAACUGAGCAUUCAAAACCAACAAGCAGAAUAAGAACUUCGAAACAUUUUAUCAAUAAACUAAGACCAACUAAAAAAUUGGCAAGCAAUCAUGCACCGACUAGGGAAGAGAAAACUGAUUGGCGUAAGUUUAAACAAGAUAAAAAAGAAUUGAAGUUGAAACGUAAGAAGGUUAAAGACUCCUACAAAAUUUGUGUGGAAGCCAAGAAAAUUUAUGAAAAACUUAAUAAUCGGCGAACUGAAAGCAAAGCGGAGCUUGUGGAAAAAUUGUAUAACCUUUUUAUUGCGGAUGACAUAUUAAACAAAAUGGUAAUGGCUCAUGAUUCCUCUCGCAUAAUACAAUCUAUGCUAAAACAUGCAACACCUUCGCUACGAGAAGAACUUUCUAAUCGUUUGUUACUUUGGGUUGCAGACAUGGCAGUUUCUAAAUAUGCUCAUCAUUGUGUUUUGCGUAUUUUCAACUAUGGUUCACCCACAAUUAAAACGAAGUUGGCGGAUGCUUUAAUGGGCAGUAUUGUUAAAUUGGCUUGCCAUAAUAUAUCUAGUAAGAUCCUAGACCUUGUAUAUUUAACUGCAGCGAACCCUAAGCAAAAAGCUUAUAUGCGACAGGAGUUCUAUGGUGAUUUAUAUAAGAAGUCGAAAGAUGACAGCAUUUGGACACUAGCUGAUGCGUACAAAGAUGCGAGCAACAUGAAAGCGUCAAUUUUAGGUGCAGUCAAGUCGAACUUGGAGCGUGUGAUCAACAAAAAAUUGAUAGAUAAUUCGUUAUUGCAUGCAGUACUAUUGGAAUAUCUUAAAGAAUGUGAUGAAGAUAAGAUGGAAGAGAUAGUAACAAUGUGUACCACAAUAGUACCACUAAUGUUAACGACGAAAGAUGGAUGUCAAGCGGCGAUAUUAUGCUUUUAUAAAUCUUCCACGAAAAAUAGAAGGGCUAUUCUCAAAUCUAUGAAAGAACAUUUAGUAAAAAUUUGUACGCAUGAGCAUGGUCACAUUUUUGCGAUAACUGUUCUAAACGCUUUGGAUGAUACGAAAGCUCUCAAAAAGGUUAUUUACGAUACACUACAUCCUCAUUUGGAAACUCUGAUGGCUACCCAAGGGGGUCGAAGAGUUAUAGAAUGGUUUGUAACACCUGGCGAUACAAAUUGUUUUCAUCCAGCAUUCAUUGCCGAGAUUGAAGAAGGUUUAAAAUACAGUAAGAAAGAUAAGGAAACUAGACGCAAGGAGAUUUUAGAGCAAAUAGAAGAGCCUCUGACUAUCUCAAUAACAAAAAAUGCAGAAUUCUGGUUAAGUAAUAAACAUAUUGGGCUCGUAACGGCUGGAAUAUUAGAAAAAUUAUCAUAUACAAAUUUUUUGAAUGUUGCACUAUGUUUAACCAAAGUUAUUGCUGAUUCUACUUGGACGAUUGAUGCCUCCGUCGAAUUAAACGACAAGAGUAAAAAAUCUCUCGAUACAGAAAAAAUCAUCGAGGAGUCUACAAAACGAUUGCAAAGACGCAAGCAGCAUAAAAUGAAAAGCUCUUUCGAAGAAGGUAAAGAAAAUCCUAAAAAAGAGGAUGCACAUACAGCUACAAUCGAAAAUGAACAAAAGAAGCCUGUUGUUAAUAUGUGGGGUAUUGAGGAAGCCGGCCUGCAUAUUGUUCUCAAGAAAAUUCUUAAAAAUGAUAAGGAACGCUCCGCAAAAAAUCCUGGCGGUGAAACAUUUGGUUCAUUACUGAUUAAAGAAUUGACGGCAGAAACCUUACAAAAGUGGAUAACUAUUAAUCGUGCUUGUUUUAUUCUAUUAAAUGUAGUAGAGAACAACUCGGAAGAAAUUAAAACUCAUGUACAAUCAGUUUUAAAACCUCAUCGCACGUUAUUGGAGCAACAAAAAACCAACGGAGCGCAAUUUUUGAUAAAAAAACUCUUUUAAUAACUAGUUUUAUAUAAAUUUUUAUUUCUCGUCGAAUCGUCUUCAC